UUCAUCUCUGUAAAAUACCAAGUGAAUUUGUCGGAAGAUUAAUUUCUGAGCCAAAAAAAAAAAAAAAAAGAUUCACCGCAGACAUGAAAAAAUAAAUUAAAAAAAUAAAUAAAAACAAACCCAUGAUAAUUGAUUGAUAGCACAUUUCCAUUAAGGAGAGAGAGUAAAUAAUAAUUAAGAAAAUCAAGCCACCAUUUUAUCCUUGAUCAUCAUCUCCAAGAAAAUCCGACCUCAGUUUUCUUGGGGAUGGACGACUCUGAUGAUUUCUGGACGGCAAGAGGCAGCAGCUCAACCACCGUCAUCUGAGCCCCACCUCUCAAUUGGAUGGGUUGAUGAAUAUGGAGGAUCUUGAGGCCCGGCCCGAAUACCCAUGCCCGUAUUGUAACGAGGAGAUUGAUGCAGCUUCCUUUUGCUCACAUCUACAGGCUCACCACUCUUCUGAAUCAACACCCACCGUUUGCCCUAUUUGUUCAGUUAAGGUUUCUGGGAACAUACUAAGCCACAUCACAAUUCAACAUGGACACUUAUUCAAGCUUGAGCUGCGUAGGCCAAUGCGUAGAUUUCCGAUUUCGAACAGCCAAUCAUUAUCUCUACUUGGAAGGGAUCUUAGAGAAGCCCACUUACAGCUUCUUCUAGGAGGAGCCAGUCCCGCCACUCGUCACCAAUCAAAUAGUGCCACGUCAUCAUCUACCAUAACUGAUAAAUUCCUUUCCUCCCUUACUUCCAACUUGUCUGCAUCUGAAAGUGACGAAAUUUCGAAAUCUUUGAUAUCGAGUUUAGAGGAGGAUGAUUAUUAUGUGAAAAAUGUGGCGUCCGAACACACGUGGAAAUCGAGUUAUUACUAUUCAUUGAGUCGCGAAGAGAGAGAAAAACGAAUGGAAGAGGCGGCCGGAAGAGCUGUUUUUGUGCAAGAUUUAUUUUUUUCGACUAUAUUAGCUGAGCUGUGAAAUUAGUAAGUUGUUUCCACGGUCGAAACUAAAUCGAGUCUUUUUUUUUUUUUUUUUUUUUUUACGAGGACAUUUGAUGUGAUAGUCAUGCAUUUCGCAAAUUAAUUUGGAAUUGUGGAACAUGUUUGUCUCGUGAACCCCGUUUAAGGAAUGUUUAAUAACUGAUUGUCUUU